AUGACCGACGCUCUUGCAACGCAGUUGAACGACACAAAGCUAGGUGACGCUAGCACGGAUAACAAGUGGAAAGAACAAUUGAAAAUCCCAGCUAAAGAUACGAGAGUACAGACUGAAGAUGUUACGGCUACUAAAGGACUGGAAUUUGAGGACUUCUAUAUUAAGAGAGACCUAAUGAUGGGAAUCUUUGAAGCUGGAUUUGAAAAGCCAUCCCCUAUCCAAGAAGAAACUAUCCCCGUCGCUCUCACAGGUCGUGACAUUCUUGCUAGAGCGAAGAACGGAACCGGAAAGACAGCUGCCUUCGUUAUUCCAACCUUGGAACGCACCAACCCCAAAAUAGCAAAAACUCAGGCUCUUAUACUAGUGCCCACCCGAGAGCUAGCGCUGCAAACAUCACAGGUUUGCAAGACGCUCGGAAAGCAUCUCGGUAUCAAUGUCAUGGUCACAACUGGAGGAACAGGACUACAGGACGAUAUUAUCCGGCUUAACGACACAGUACACAUCAUUGUUGGAACACCAGGCAGAAUUCUGGAUCUCGCCAGCAAGGGCGUUGCUGAUCUAUCAGAAUGUACCACUUUUGUCAUGGACGAGGCGGACAAACUUCUCUCUCCCGAAUUCACCCCGGUCAUUGAACAGCUUUUGACCUUCCACCCUAAGGACCGCCAAGUUAUGUUGUUUAGCGCCACUUUCCCGAUCAUCGUAAAGACCUUCAAGGAUAAACACAUGCGAAACCCCUACGAAAUCAAUCUCAUGGACGAGCUCACUCUUCGCGGCAUAACGCAAUAUUAUGCAUUCGUUGAAGAGAGACAAAAAGUCCAUUGUCUGAACACUCUCUUCUCGAAACUCCAAAUAAACCAGUCCAUCAUAUUCUGCAAUUCGACCAACCGCGUUGAACUUCUCGCUAAAAAAAUUACCGAACUUGGAUACUCCUGCUUUUACUCCCAUGCACGCAUGUUGCAGCAUAACCGAAACCGCGUGUUCCACGACUUCAGAAACGGCGUCUGUAGGAACCUUGUCUGUUCGGAUCUCCUGACUCGUGGUAUCGAUAUCCAGGCCGUGAACGUAGUUAUCAACUUCGACUUCCCAAAGAAUGCCGAAACAUAUUUGCACAGAAUUGGCCGUUCUGGACGUUUUGGACAUCUUGGCCUGGCGAUCAACCUGAUCAACUGGGAUGAUCGAUACAACCUGUACAAGAUCGAACAAGAAUUGGGAACAGAGAUCCAGCCCAUUCCUCCAUCCAUUGACAAGAAGCUAUACGUCUAUGACACCCCAAAUACCAUUCCUCGUCCAAUCUCUAACAACCCCCCUGAGCAACAUAAACCGACUAGCCAGGAGAACCAUCCCCGUCGACAAAGCAAUAACCCGUCCAAUGGUCAUGGACAGUACAACUCUAACCGCGGUCAUUAUAGUCGCGGCUCGUACCGCGGUGGCCGUGGCUCUAGCCAGCGCUCAAACAACCAUGAAAACUCACGGGCAGCCGGAAAUCCACAGGCGAGUGCUGCCAAUUCAGGAGCACCCGCGUCCUAA